AUGCAGAUUUCCCCAUCUUUCGAGAAGUGGCAACAGUUGUUCAAGGACUCUUUCCCUUCGCUGGAUCAAUAUGGAGCGAUCUAUCAAGAUCUUCAUCAAAAUCCGGAGCUUCCUACGCAAGAGUCACGUACUGCAGCGGUGGUCGCUGACCACCUGGAAUCUCUCAAUUACGAGGUGAAGCGAAACAUCGGUGGUCAUGGAGUUGUUGGCAUCCUGAAAAACGGAGCGGGACGGACAGUAUUACUCCGCUCAGAACUCGAUGCAUUGCCAUUGGAGGAAAAGACAGGGCUGGCGUAUGCCAGUAAAGUCAAGCAGCUUGACGCAGAUGGUCAGAUCAAGCCAGUGAUGCACGCCUGUGGUCACGACAUGCACAUGACCAGUUUAUUGGGUGCGGCCAACCUUCUACACGAAACACGCAAGGCCUGGUCCGGCACACUCAUCUGUCUAUUCCAGCCAAAUGAGGAGCGACUUCUAGGCGCCCAAGCAAUGAUCGACGACGGCCUCUUCGACAAGAUACCACUUCCCGAUAUUGUGCUAGGGCAGCAUGCUGUUCCUACGAAGGCAGGCACCAUAGGUACACGACCUGGCCGUGUUCUUGCCUUCCUGGACUCUUUGGCCGUACGCGUCUAUGGCAAGGGCACACACUCUUCAACGCCGAGCCUAGGAAUCGACCCCAUAUUGAUGGCGAGCUGUAUCAUCUCCCGGUUACAAACGAUCAAUGCUCGGGAGAUUGACUUCAACGAGCCUUGUACUAUCACAAGCGGCUAUCUUCAUGGCGGAACCGAUGCGAGCAUUAUACCCGAGUUUGCUGAUUUCACUGUCGAUGUCCGAUCGUUUAAGGAAGACGUACAGAAGACAGCUGUUCAAGCUGUGAAGCGCAUAAUCGAAGGAGAAUGUGAGGCUGCAAAAUCCCCACAAACCCCUCGUAUUGUGACUUCUGCAAGUUGUCCUCCCAUCGACAAUGACACAGACGCGACUAACAAAUUCACUACUGCUUUGCGCCGGUACUAUGGUGAUGAGGCUCCCUCUAAGGUGAUUGAGAUGGAUCUCGACAUCACUGCAGAUGAUUUCGUUCUUCUUGGGCACCCUCCGGGCAAAGAAGCUAUUCCGUACAUAUACUGGAAUUUCGGUGUCACCCCAAGAGACGAGUAUGACAGGGCUGAGAAAGAUGGAACGCUCAGAGAUCUACCUUUCAAUCAUAACAGCAAGUUUGCAGCAGAGAUUGAGCCAUCUCUGAGAGCUGGAAUCGAGGGGUUGGCGAUUGCUUCAGUUUUGUUCUUGCAGACGGAUUAA